AAUUCACAUGAAGAGUGAUACAGUCAACACAUGGCUUUCUCAUUGUGUCAACACCGAAAGUGGAUGUAUAUACUAUUAUGUCAACAAUGAAAAGAACACAUUAAACGACUUUGUUACCUAAUAUGGGAUUAAGCUAUAUGUACUACUGAGAAAGGAAAGAUUAACGAGAUAAUCUCUGAUAUAACUGACAGUGUGUCAAAAGAGACGACACAGUGACACCUGUUUAGUUACAAGACAAUCAAGAGAUGGCAGAAGGCUACCCCAACAACCAGCAACAAGCUGAAAAGAGAAUAAUAGGAUUUGAUUGUGAGUUUGUGGAACCUCCACCAGAAAAAUACGUCCAGUCAGAGUGUCCAGUUUGUCUCCAGAUCAUUCGAGACCCCCACCAGGUCACAUGUUGUGGAAUGAAGUUUUGCAAAGCUUGUAUUGAGCACAACAUAGCCAUUCAAAAGCCGUGCCCAGCUUGCAACGAAGAAUUUUCGAGUUUUGCCGAUAAAGGUUUGAAACAAUCGCUCUACAGUUUGAAAGUUCAUUGUAGCCACCAGAAAGAUGGGUGUGAGUGGACAGGGGAACUGAGACAGCUUGACAAACACCUCAACACAGACCCACAGCCAGAGAAACGGUUUGAAGGUUGUCAGUUUGUUGAGAUUAAUUGCAUUUGUAAUUGCGGGGACCAACUGCAACGAAGGUACAUUCUAAACCACAAAAUUAAGAAUUGCCCCAAACGUCCAUUCGGUUGUGAGCACUGCCAUUAUUAUAAGUCUACUUAUGAUGAUGUCACCAACAACCACUGGCCGGUGUGUGGGUCCUUCCCUGUCCCCUGCCAUAACCAGUGUGGUUCAACUAUCCAACGUCAGAAUCUAGACAGCCAUGUUGCCGAUGAGUGCCCCCUGACUAUCAUUAAAUGUGACUUCCACCACGUAGGCUGUGCUGUGAAACUUCCUCGACAAGACAUGCCAGAACACCUGAGAGAGAACCUACUCACACACAUCUCUCUAUUGGCCGCUAGUCAUGCCAAGCAACAAUCUAAGACUACACAACAAAGAGAAGAAAUCACCAAGCAACAAGCUGACAUUGCUAGUUUAAUUGAAGAGAAUAAACAGCUAAGGAUGAAACAUACCGAAUUGGCGCCAUUGCAACAAAUGCUCACCGUGAACUCUGAACCUCUUGGUGCCCCUAUCCUUACAAUGACCGACUUCCAACAGCGCAAGAGAGAUGACGAUGAGUGGUUUUCCCCUCCAGUCUAUAACCACUAUCAGGGCUACAGGAUCUGUCUCGGUGUGUACGCUAACGGCAAGAACACUGGUAAAGGAACACACGUCACUGUGGGUGUGUGCUUAAUGAGAGGAGAGUUUGACAAUUCUCUAAAAUGGCCGUUUCGUGGUGUGAUUUCUUUUCAACUGCUGGACCAAGUCAAUGGCAAGGAUCAUAAAACAGACACCAUCAACUAUAGUGACAAAGCAUCUGACAAGCACUGUAACAGAGUAACAAAGGGAGAGAUAUCACCCAGUGCCGUGGUAAGUACAAAGUUCAUUGCUCACACUGAAUUGGAACCCAAGUAUUUACGAAACGACACCCUUCUCUUCCAAAUACACAAAGUAGAACUGAAGUAGUUACUUAAAUUAUUCCUGUCAAUUAUGUGUGUAGACUAAGUGAUUAGCUUGGACUAUAACCAGA